AUGUUUCUGAAGGCCAUCAUUGCCGGGUUGCUUGCCGCCCCGACGGCUUUGGCAGCCCAGCUCACCAAGGUCAACUAUCCCAACGAUGCCAGCUCAAAGGCAGAUAUGUAUAUAUACGUUCCCGACAAGGUCGUUGCCAACCCACCACUCGUCGUCGUCAUUCAUUCGUGCCAGUCCUCGGCUCAAGCCUACUUCCAAAACAGCCUCAUUCCCUGGCACCGCGGCUCUGAUAACAAGGGAUAUGUCACCGUGUGGCCGACUUGCUGGGAUGUCUCUAGCAAAGCCAGCUUGACGCAUGGAGGUGGAGGUGAUACCCAGGCUAUAUCUAACAUGAUCAAGUAUGCCAUCUCGGAGUAUAAGGUGGAUGCCGGCAGGGUGUUCGUGACGGGAGGAAGUUCUGGAGCAAUGAUGUCAAACGUCCUAGCGGCCACAUAUCCCGAGCAGAUACGAGCCCUCUCGCUGUAUUCUGGUGUGCCAGCUGGCUGCUUCUUGUCGUCCUCUGGGGGUGUGGACCAGUGGAAUUCCUCUUGUGCAUCCGGCCAGGUGAGCGCCUCGGCAGAUGCUUGGGGCAAUGUUGCACGCAACAUGUACCCCGGUUAUGAUGGGACACGCCCAAGAAUGCAGAUAUGGCAUGGUUCUGCAGACUCAACGCUGAACCCACAGAAUUACAAGGAGGAAAUCAAGCAAUGGACGAAUGUCUUUGGCGUCAGCCAAACACCCACUUCGUCGAUCAAGAACUACCCGCAGUCGAAUUACCAGACCGAUAAUUACGGCCCAAAUGUUCAAGGCAUCUAUGCCACCGGUGUUGGGCAUAGUGUACCUUCGAAUUUGACAGCAAGUGAGGAGUGGUUCGGUCUCUGA